AUCACCAGGUUAUGUGGCCACGCUCAGCAGAGACAGAUUCGAUCAGCUAAUUACCCUGAAGACCUUUUUGUUGACAAGAAAGUCCUGAAGGUGACUCACAUUGAGCAAGAAGAAACUUUGUCAAGCAGGAGGAGGGAACUCAUUGCGAAGCUGAAGUCUCACAGCAGUUUUUACAGCAGCUUGCCACAGUACAUCUGCAACCACAGCUCUGCUGUUCAGAAUGACACCCUUUGCUGGAAUGGACAAGAAGUCGUAGAGAGGUACAGUCCCCAAAUCACAAGGAAUGGAGCAAAAGCUCAGUCUGGCAACCAUGAGGUGAAGAUGAAAGGUCCUGAGCCAGUCAUCAGCCAGAUAAUCGACAAGCUGAAACACAUCAACCAGCUCCUCAAAGGGAUGGCUUUGCCCCACCGAAAAGCUCCAGGCAAAACCCCAGAGGAGGAGGAGGAGGAGAGCGGAGACUGCGAUGACGAAGAUGACUGUGGUGGAGGCUCUGGGGCUGGAGAGCUGCGAGUGAGGAACCAGCUCCGGUUCUUAGCAGAGCUGGCAUAUGACCUGGACAUGGAUGACACCUCUGCAAAUAAGCACCUUCUGAAUCAGCAAAGCAAAGAUGGCUCUGCAGUCCCCAGCAGUGACCCUGAGAGUGCAGCUGCCUGCCCAAGUCCUGCCGCUGCCAUCACCCUGGUCCCGCUGCUGCUGCUGGGCCACCAGCCAUGA